UAUGGCGUUCAAAAUAGCCUCUGCAUGCAGCAACUAUCACGUUCUCAACCUCAUUGGUGGAUAUCGAGCAUCGUACGGGUUGUUUGCAGCCCUGAAUCAUGGAAUAUUUGAAUAUUUGGAAACGAAAGACGGGGGACGAACGGCUCGUCAGACAGCGAGGGACUUGAUUUUAGACGAGACUGCGACGACGGUUUUACUUGACAAUUGCACGAGCGUAGAUCUUUUGGUGAAAGAAAUACCAAACGGUGAAGUAGAAAAUGCUCUCUAUUCAAACUCAGAACAAACGAAGCGAUAUCUUCUUCCUAAAAGUCCGGAAUCGUUGUAUGGAUACGCCAUUGUCGAAGCAAAAACCAUGUCAAAGCUGGUUGCCAAUUUCAAGCACACGGUGAAGGAAGGAAAAUGGCAGUGGGAGAGAGCAUUUGGUGUUUCCUUAAAAGAUGAAUGCUACACCAAUUUGUUUGACAACAAAGAAAAAAUGAUCGAAUUUGUAGAAGGGAUGGGUUGCCGUAUGAAGAUGUCAGUGAGCUCAGUCUUUAGCCCGUUCGACUUCUCUGAAUUCAACCAUCUUUGCGAUCUCGGAGGUGCAGGUGGGGCGUUAUCCUACGCUGCUGUGAACGCCUACCCGAAUAUGAAGUCGACAGUUUUUGAUCUGCCAGCUGUUGUCAACGUUUCUGAUCAUUUCAGACCGUCUCUGGAAGAGUGUCCGAACAGAGAUAAUGUCACGUUUGUAGCUGGGGAUUUCUUUAAAGAUGAACUACCUCCUGCCGAUUUGUAUAGCUUGGUCACUAUCAUUAACGAUUGGAGUGUGGAGAAAAUAGAUUUUCUUGUAAACAAAAUAUACAACAGUCUUCCUUCAGGUGGAGGUUUUUUGAUUGGUGUAAUAAUGCUUAAUGACGACAAACGAGGACCUUGGCAGGCCAUGAUUUACGGUAUGUUGAUGCUCUCGGUUCACGAGAAUGGCCAUGACAGGUAUCGAACAGAAAAAGAGUGUAACGAGCUGCUCACCAAACAUGGCUUUGUUGAUGUCCAGUUUCACAGGAACCCCGUCCUCUUCUUUCCUGGUGGAGUGUUUGCAAGGAAACCAUAAGCUUUUACUUAAACUUCUCAGUAAAACGUCUCAGAAAAACGACAUAAUUAUACGAAAAAAAAUUCUUUUAUGCUAGUUCUGCAAACCGUGCGGUCACCAACAAUAGAAAUGAACUGGAACUAGACGUAAAUUCCCGUGAGCUAAAUUUAAUGUUUUCCGCGCUUAAUUAGAGCUUAGGAUUUUAAACUUCCAGUUAUAGACGGUCAU